AGAGGGAGGAAACGUCCCGGGAGGCUGAAAUGAGAUGUGCCGUAGAGACCCCCGGGGAAAUUCUACUCCUUCGCGAUAUAAUGAUGAAAAUAGUGUCACUUUAUUGUUAAUUCAACUACGUUUGUACAAUAUCGAUGAAUUGAUACGAAAAGUAAUUAAAAAAAAAUUGAUAUAUAUAUGCAAAUUUUAGACUAUAAAAAUAAAGGAUUUUCUGUUGAGUAAAUUUGCAGACACCAUACGUCGUUUGAGUCUGCCCUGGAAAACAAAACCUUCGAUCAUUUGAAAAACCAAUAAAUCUUAUACGUUGUCCGAUAACUAUACCCACACCAAUUGAAAUAUGUAUUGAAUUUGAAACUCACUCAAUAUACCUGUACAUUUUUAAAAAUAAACAACGAGAUCAGAAUAAGAAUUGAGAAAGAAUAAAGAAGAGAAAAAAAAAUUGGUGUGACGAUGUGUUUCAGGCUCUAUAAUUUGUAAAAGUGCUUUACAUAUAGGGACGCGCUAUGCUCGGUGAACUAGAAGUGGGAAAAGUAUGAAAAUUGAAGAACGUAAUUUUCUGAAUGCAAUUCGAGCGAGCCAGUGCUUAUUUUUGGCUGUAUGCAUAUCACGAGGAGCCGCUGAAAUCACCUUAUCCGAACCUACGCUACAAACAGAAUCCGCGGUAACACCGACUACUAGACCCGGGCAAACUGCUUUCAUUACAGAAUGGCGAUGGAUUUCCGAAGAAAGAUACAGCACCGUUGAAUCUUGGAGCCCGGAGUCACGGCUCGACCAUGCUUUCUUUUCGCAUAAGGGUGAACAGUGGCUGUACGGAGGGCAUAUCAACGCCAAAGAUUAUUACGAUCUCUGGUUGGCAAGUGGAAAUGAACCUUGGACAAGAAUACCACUUCCUUCAGGCCUUAUUCAAGCUGGACCACCAAAACGAGCCGCUCUCUGUGUAGUCGGUGGUAUUCUGGCUUUAUAUCCUCUCGCGGGAGACACCGUCUGGCUUUUAGACGUUGACGACAACGUAUGGACGGCUUUCGUGUGCUUUGGUAGCUCGGUAGUCGCGGCAAAUGGAACCACGAAAAAUUACUGCCCAGGAAAUCCAGGAGAAAACGCAAUAUCGUGGUGCGAUGCGGGAGAGGGUCGUCUCUUCGUUUACUCGGGAAACGUUACUUGGUCAUUCAGUUUGUCGUCACCCCACUGGCUGAGCCAUGUCAUCCCUCAAUCGGAAGCCUCCCGUUUAUCUCGUUGCGGUUCAACGAUUCAGGCGGGUCUGGCAGAGAGUGAAAAGUCAGGGUUGUAUCUUCUUUGUGCCGAGGAUGAUUUUGGGGUCAGAAACGUUCUGAGACUGAAAGUAAAUCAGAAUAAGGGAGUCGAGGUCAACGAUUUGGGGAGCCUCGCUCUACCUCAAGGUAACGUGUCGAGUCUGGGAAUGACCGUUGCUAUUUGCGACGAAAUCGUUGCUCUGGUUCUUGCGCAAGAAGAUAAUCUUCCGGUUUGGGUUAUCGACAACGAGACCGGAUUCCUCGUGAAAACCGGAAACUCUUGGGUGGGACAAGCGCUAAAAUGGAUGCACAUAUAUUCGGCUGUGGAUUACACGGUGACUUGUGGGGGGAAUACUUACAGGCUGAGAAACCCUCGAAUACAACCGGAAGUGACUGAGCCUGCAAGAAGGAGAAAAUAUUGGCCGAGCAGAAGAGGGAGCUUUCAGAUGAGUCUUAUAGAGCUCGGUGAGCUUAUAAAGGUCGACCAGGAUGGGCUACAUCUGUAUCACCGUCGAACGGCAACCGAGGCUUUGUUAUUUUUCGCGCUGAGCCUUCUCAUGUUCUUAACUUUUGGCGUCGCUUGGUUUUUCAAAAGGUGCGUGACCAUCCCCACGGUUCCGAGAGGUUGGCCCGGAAGUUGGGGAAGGCCAACGGGUUUGGGGGGUGUUCGAGAUUGCACGCCAACGGCACGCUACACCCCAAUACCUCGAGGAGAAAUUGGAUUGACCACUUGAUAGCAGUUCACAAAUUCUCUGCCAAGUUAUUCCCGGUAUAAAUGUUUGUAUAAAGUGUCGUUAUUAGAUGGAAUAAUAGAUAUGGUACAUAAUUAUGUAUAUUUGUGGAAUUUGUUUCUAUGGACGUAACCAUAUAAUUAACGAUAAUUAACGAGAGUGUGAAUAUUUGUCAAAUACCAUGAAAAAUGCGGGACAUUUAUUGUACUACAGGACAUGAUUUCUUUAUGGUAUUCUAUCUUGACACAUUGCAUAUGACGCAUAUCAACGUAAAAUGAAUGAAAAAGUCUCCUUAUUUUUUACCUGCAUCACAACAAAGGUAUGUUGAAAUUGCGAUAAAAAUUCAUGAGUAAUGUAUGUCGUAUUGUAAGAA